CCCAUACAACGCCUCCUCCUCGCCACUAAAGAACCGCCGCGACUCUGUGCGCUCAGACGCGCUCGGCGUUCAGUCUCGUCCGGACCCCCGAUGGCCUCCGAUCAAAGGCACUGCAUGAAGCACACCAGCAGCCACGGCCCCAUCGUCCCCUAGCGAAGCCCACUCGUGGAUUACCGCAUUGUUUUGCCGUUCCCAUCCAAACACGUAGCGAAGAAGAAGAUGAUGAUGAUGAUGCUGCGCGCACCUUGGUGGAUUUCCCUUUUGUGCCUCUGUGGAUUGAUGCACGUCGGUCACCAGAGCAACCCCCAUUCCCUUAAUGGUGACGCUUCGUCGAGCGUCAAUACGCCGCGUAAAGGAGGCGGCUGGCUGGACAAGAAGAAGGAGGACACGGUGCCCGUGCGGUUGCUCUACAGCAGACACAACCACAGCAUGAUCGGCGAGCAGGAGCUCAGCACCCGCGUCAGGGGCAGCCCCGGAUCCACGCAGGUGAACCACGUGGCCCAGGCCAGCUUUCAAGUGGAGGCUUUUGGCAGGAAGUUCACCUUGGAUAUGGAGCUCAAUCAUGAUCUGCUGUCUUCGGAGUAUGUGGAAAAGCAUUUGUCAGCGAAGGGGAAACCGGUCGUCACUGCUGGAGGAGAGCACUGCUACUACCACGGGAAAGUCAGAAACAUUCCUCGCUCCUUCGCAGCCCUUUCUACUUGUCACGGACUACAUGGGAUGUUCUUCGAUGGCAACCACACGUAUGUGAUUGAACCUGGAGCAGACGGCGGCGGCAACAAAAGUGAUGUCCACUUGAUAUACAAAUCUGGAGGCCCAGAUGGACUUCGUGACUUCCUCAGUGGUAACCUUCCCAAGUCGGCCUUUCCCAGUGCCCAAUUUGCUGGCUCAAGGAUUGUCCACAGGAGAAAGAAGAGACAGGCUCCGCACAUGUCACAAAGUGUGGAAGAUGAGAUCAAAUACAUCGAGUUGAUGGUGAUCAAUGACCAUUUAAUGUACAAGAAGCAUCGCCUCUCCGUUGGCCACACCAAUAACCAUGCGAAGUCAGUAGUCAAUACGGCUGACAUGAUUUUCAAGGAACAACUUAAUACCCGCAUCGUGCUCGUCGCCAUGGAAACAUGGUCCACCGAUAACAAAUUUAACAUUGAUGAUGACCCCAUGGUGACCCUGAAGGAGUUCAUGAAGUACCGCAAAGAUUUCAUCAAGGAGCGAUGCGACUCCGUACACCUCUUCUCAGGGAACCGUUUUCACAGUAGCUGGGGCGGAGCUUCCUACAUGGGAGGAGUUUGCUCCCUCACCAAAGGGGGCGGAGUCAAUGAGUUUGGAAAACCAUAUGAGAUGGCCAUAACGCUGGCUCAGUCCCUUGGGCAGAACAUUGGCAUUUUCUCUGAUAAGAAGAGGAUUCUUAAUGGAGAGUGCAAAUGUGAUGAUCGUUGGUCAGGCUGCAUCAUGGAUGAUGUUGGCUUCUACCUGCCCAAGAGGUUCUCCGACUGUAACGUGGAGGAAUACCACAACUUCCUAAACAGUGGUGGAGGAACCUGUCUGUUCAACAAGCCCACCAAACUGCUGGAGCCUCCCGAAUGUGGUAAUGGCUUUGUGGAAACAGGGGAGGAGUGUGACUGUGGCAGCCCAGUGGAGUGUGCAAGAGAGGGAGAAAACUGCUGUAAAAAGUGCACCCUGACUCAAGGAUCCAAAUGUAGCAACGGACUCUGCUGUAAAAACUGCCAGAUGGAAUUCCUGGGGGUCGUGUGUCGAGAUGCGGUGAAUGACUGUGACAUUCCCGAAAACUGCACAGGAAACUCCAGCCAGUGUCCACCAAAUGUGCACAAGAUGGACGGUUACACGUGUGAAAAAGACCAGGGGCGCUGCUUUAACGGGAGAUGCAAAACCAAAGAUAAACAGUGCAAGUACAUUUGGGGAGAGAAGGCCACGGCGGCUGAUAAGUUCUGUUACGAGAAGCUCAACAUUGAGGGCACCGAGAAGGGCAACUGUGGGCGGGACAAAGACACGUGGAUCCAGUGUAACAAGCAGGACGUUCACUGUGGUUACCUGCUGUGCUCCAACAUCUCACCUGCCCCGCGACUGGGAGAACUGCAGGGAGGCCUGACGUCCUUCUCAGUGGCAAGACAUAGUGCCUCUCUGGACUGCAGUGGUGCCCACGUGCUGAUCGAUGGAGACACCGACCUGGGCUACGUGGAGGAUGGCACGGUCUGCGGGACAGACCGCAUCUGUUUCAACCACAAGUGUCUCCCCAUCCAGCAGUUCAACUUCAGCAUCUGUCCCGGAACCACCGACAAAAGCAUCUGCUCAGGACACGGGGUGUGCAGCAAUGAACUGAAGUGCGUGUGUUACCUGGGCUGGGCCGGAGAGGACUGCAACUCCACGUCGCCUCUCAGUUAUCUUGUGGUGGGACCCACAGCCUCAGUUUCAGGCAUCACCAGUACCAACAUCAUCAUCAGUGCCAUCGUUGGCUCCAUCCUCUUCCUCGCCCUCAUCCUGGCUGUCACGGCCUGGUGCUACAAGAGGUAUAAGCAGAGAUGCUACGUGGAGUCAGAGGUUCACCGAAGAUUCUGCCGUCAAAUGCCGCCAGGUGACUAUGUGACAAAGCCCAGCGACGCCGAUUCUUUCUACAGCGACAUGCCGCCCGGCGUGAGCACAAACUCGGGCUGCAGCUCCAAGAAGAGGUCAGCGUGUCUGUCGCAUCUUCAGAUAUGCGCCCUGUCCUUCACUCCUUCCAUCCCCUCCAUUACACAGAACAUCUCACUGUUUGGCUUCAGAUCAAAUGGCCUGUCCCACUCGUGGAGUGAGAGAAUCCCAGACGCCAAACACAUCUCUGACAUUUGUGAAAACGGGCGACCAAGGAGCAACUCGUGGCAAGGAAACAUGAGCGGCCAUCGCAAGAAACUGAAAGGAAAGAAGUUCCGUGCUCGCUCAAACUCCACAGAGACCCUUUCCCCCGCCAAGUCUCCCACUUCCUCUACAGGAUCCAUCGCAUCCAGCAGGAGAUACCCUUACCCCAUGCCGCCUCUGCCCGACGACCAGCGGAAAGCAAACAGGCAGAGCGCCAGGCUGUGGGAGACGUCAAUAUAAGCGCAGAAGAAAACACAUUGUCAUGAGGUGAA